AUGGAUAAAUAUCAAACACAAGCGAAAAGUUGUAUAGAAGUUGUGAUUGAUUUUUCAAGACCUGAUGGUCAACGUACUCGACCAUUACUUGUUGAUGGCAAACGGCUUUAUGUUGACGAGCACUAUAUCUCAAUUUGGUCUCCUAUACUACGCGCAUGGUGUAUCGAAUGUCCAGAUCGAGAGCUGAUUUUAGCAAACGUACAAUAUGACCAUGUAUUAGAAAUGCUCCAGUGCAUUCAUCCAACUUAUAAAGAUGUUGACGACCAAUCUGUACAUAUACUACUUCCACUUGCCUUUGAUUAUCAAAUGGAAGGAUUAUUACAUCGGUGUGAAUGCUUUCUCGUUGAUCAUAAAUUGCCUUUUCUCGAAAAAGUUUGGCUGGCUGACAGAUAUAAAUUAAAUCGAUUACUGGUCUUAUGUUUGCGUGAAAUGAAGCCAAACUGUAAAAUUGAUCUGACUGGAACACGGUACUAUGGGUUAAGUGAUCGAGUCAAAGUUUUAAUAUUGGAGAGAUUGCAUGGAUCACCAGCGCCUGAUGAAAUGUUGGAACAACCAAUUGAUCUCGAGAAUUUGCAAAGAGUAUCUGACCUAAAUUUUGCGUUAAUACGAGCUAAAACUGGUCGUCCAUAUUAUAUUAAUCCAUAUUAUAUAGCAGCAUGGUCAAAUAUUUUUUUCGUAAGUUUGUUAUAUUGA